CGGAUAAUGAAAAAUGAUAGCCCAUCAAAAUUGAAAGUAUUUAAAUCAAAGGGGGAGUAUUUUUUCCUUUUCUCAAGGAUCAUUUCAUUAUGUCUGAAUACUUUCAAAGCAGAAAGCCAACAUUAAACAGGUCAAGAAAGCCAUUUCCAUUAUCAUUCUUAUUCAAAGGUAAAAAGGAAGAAGAAGUGCAAUUACUCCCGCUGUCGUCUCUUGGAUCUGGCAUCACGCAGCCUAUUGAAAGCUCUGUUAUUUCUUAUUUUGAUCCGUAUUCACCUUGUAUAUCUUCUGUUGAUCAGAGACAAAGGAGAAUAUCCGUGAUGGUCCCAAGUCGUCGCCCAAAGGAAGAAUUGCACCAAUCAAGCCGUAGACCUAUCUCCACUUGGAUACAACAAAGUCAUUUCGAGCAAUCACCUCCGGUAUCACCGCCACCUUUAUCACCUACAGACUCAUUAGCUACCAGAGCAUCUUGGAGAAGCAUGAAGCACUGUAGUACCUAUAAACCUGCUGCUUCUAUCACAAGCUCAGAAGAAGAAGACGACGACGAUGAUGAACCUAUUUCACAACUUUCCACAAGAUUGAACAAGAAUAUCAAUUUACUAAGUGAUGAAGAAGAAGAAGGAGAUGACGAAUUAAUACCCAUCGCUUGCUUACAUGAUACUCCUCUAUUGUCAGCAGCAGAAAAAUACAAGGCAAAGGUGAAGGCAAAGCUUCAUUUGGAUACAGACUUUUAAUGUGAAUAUUGUGUAUAUUCUGCUUUCUUUUUGUAAUUGUUCAUAUUUAUGCAUAUAUCUACUCUUUUUUUUUUAAUGUAUACAUUUUUAUAAUAAUAAAUCAUGUUCUAU